GAUGCCUGUACUCGGCCUGAUGCCUGUACUCGGCCUGAUGCCUGUACUCGGCCUGAUGCCUGUACUCGGCCUGAUGCCUGUACUCGGCCUGAUGCCUGUACUCGGCCUGAUGCCUGUACUCGGCCUGAAGCCUCUACCCAGCCCGAUGCCCGCUGUCCAGCCAGACCAUCCAAUGUCUGACCCAGUGCCUGCGGUCAUCAUACCAGUUGACUCGGAGCCCACUGUCGUGCCUGGUGUCUCGGUGCCCGCCGCUCCGCCUGGGGGGUCCGAGACCUGUCGCUCCACCUGGGGGUCCGGCGCCUGCCGCUCCGCCUGAGGGCCCGAGACCUGUCGCUCCGCCUGGGGGUCCGGCGCCUGCCGCUCCGCCUGAGGGCCCGAGACCUGUCGCUCCGCCUGGGGGUCCGGCGCCCGCCGUUCCGCCUGAGGGCCCGAGACCUGUCGCUCCGCCUGGGGGUCCGGCGCCUGCCGCUCCGCCUGAGGGCCCGAGACCUGUCGCUCCACCUGGGGGUCCGGCGCCCGCCGCUCCGCCUGAGGGCCCGAGACCUGUCGCUCCAUCUGGAGGUCCGGCGCCCGCCGCUCCGCCUGAGGGCCCGAGACCUG